AUGUUACCCAAAGUAUUCACCAAGGUCAUCCUCACGUGCAUAUCUAGGACGCUGGAUGAAGCCCAGCCUCAAGAACAAGCUGGAUUCGAUCAGGGGUUCAGCUGCUUAGACCACAUCCAGACCAUGUCGAGAGUCAUAGAGGUUUGCCGAGGGCACCGCCUGCUCCUUGUUCUAACCGUCGACUAUGAGAAAGCCUUCGACAGCGUAGAAACGAAUACAAUACUGUCAGCGCUGGUCGAUCAAGGGGAUACGACAAGGCGAUACUAUAUCGUCGAGCUGUUCACUGCUGCAUUGCAAUGGAUAAUGAAAUCAUUUUCCUGGGAGGAAAGGGGCAUACGUGUUGAUGGAAAUUUUCUCUCGAACAUUCGUUUCGCGGACGACAUCGUUCUCUUUUCGAGCAGUACCAAUGAAGCAGAAACGAUGCUCAACGAAUUGAACGAAGCAGGGAAGAGAAUAGGACUACGAAUAAACAGAAAGAAGACACAGUUCAUGAAGAACGCCUACUGCGAGGACGGAGGAGUACAACUUGAAGGCUCCCAAAUCGUGGAAACUCCGUCAUACGUAUACCUCGGACGUUCUAUGAACAUGGAAAACGACUUGAAUGAAGAACUGAACAGAAGAAUGAGAGCAGCAUGA